AUGUGGAUCUUGGAUUAUUUGCGCACGAUUUCGCUCGUAAAUGAAAUAAAACCUCCUCGAACUAACGUGGUCGAACAAAUCACGACUGGAAUCAAACGAGCCAUACUGCGCGAGGAAAGCGUGUGCCUUUCUUGCGAGAUAGUGGUGGUAGAGCUUAAAUCACAUACAUUACAGAUCGGACACUCUGAAAAAAUGAAUAGUAUAGAAGUUUAUACUACUUGUCCAUAUAACAAAUUACAUCGCAUUAGAAAGUCCAGGUUGCAAGUUCAUUUAAUGAAAUGUGCCAAAAAUUAUCCUAAAGAUUUCAAAAGUAUUUGUAUUUUUGAUUCAUCACAUAGGAUUGAUCCACAACAAUACGAGGAUCAUGUAGCAGAGUGUCCAUCAAGUGGACACAUAAGAAGUCAGUUUAUCUCAUUUGAAUCAGAGGAAGAUGUUGGAACAUUUCUAACAGAAGAUACAUUUAAGUCGGAAUGCGUUACAAAGAUUGAAGAAGAGUCCGGAAGUGGUCAAACAUUUAGAUAUGAUCCAAUGGCUGCGACAGAAAACAGAGAUAUAGUGAGAAUACCAAUUGGAUUGACGAAAUCACAGAAGAAACAAUUCAGACAAUAUGAAAGAAAUAGAUUGGCAGCUCUUGCUAAGAACAAGGAUACCAAUAAUGCAUUGCAAGAAAAUAUUGCAAGAAAGAAAACAGACCUUGAACAGCCGUUGCAAGCACCUAAACAACCUUCUAAAGCAAUAUUAUGUGACAAAGAGUUUAAUGGCCUGGUCUCAAAGUUAGACAAAAUCAAUAUGGAGGCAAACAGUAAUUCAUCAAAACAAAAGAAUAUUUUCGUUAUGGACAAUAGCUAUAAAGUAACAGAGUUUGAAGAAAAUUCUUUCAGAAAUAAUACUAUUGAUACAAAUAAUAUUUCAUUCAUUUCGGGAAAUAAUUUUAAUGAAAAUGACAAAAAAAAUGUUUCCAAUGAAGAAGACAAUGCCUCUAUGUUAACUAAAGACUUUCUUGAAGUGAAACAAAACAUUUUAGAUACAAAGGAUGAUUUUAAAAUGAAUGCAUAUGUUCCUCAAAGAAGUACUUUUAAAGCACAAAACGAUGAUAUUCAAAAAAAUAAUCUUCAACCAAAUGGAGGAAAUAGUUCUAAAUCUCAGAAUGUUAUUGGGUCAAAUCCAAGAAUGGCAACAAAAUUCUAUACGGAAGCAAAAUGGUUAAAUCCAAAAAUGACACCAAAAUUUUAUGGAGAAGCAAAAAAAGUUACCACUGGAAGAGGAUUUACUAGAGUUUAUCAAUAUUUGAAUUCCAGUAUGAAAGAAGAAGAAUUGAAGGAACUUGAAAAUACAAAAAAACUAAGUUCUCUCUAUGGCUCGUAGAUAUGAUACACGUACCACGAUUUUUUCUCCUGAAGGCCGUCUAUAUCAAGUGGAAUAUGCAAUGGAAGCUAUAAGCCAUGCAGGUACUUGUCUUGGCAUUUUAGCAACUGAUGGUAUUUUACUUGUAGCAGAAAGACGCAAUAUAAAUAAGCUAUUAGAUGAAGUGUAUUAUUCUGAAAAGAUCUACAAACUCAAUGAUGAUAUUGUGUGUUCUGUUGCUGGCAUUACUUCUGAUGCUAACGUAUUAACAAAUGAACUACGUUUAAUUGCACAACGUUAUUUGUUACAAUAUGGAGAACCUAUUCCUUGCGAACAACUUGUUUCUUGGCUGUGCGAUGUAAAACAAGCAUAUACACAAUAUGGUGGAAAAAGGCCUUUUGGUGUUUCGAUUUUAUAUAUGGGAUGGGAUAAACAUUAUGGUUACCAAUUAUAUCAGUCAGAUCCAAGUGGAAAUUACGGUGGUUGGAAAGCAACUUGUAUUGGACAUAAUUCUGCUGCUGCAGUAUCAUCAUUGAAACAGGAAUAUGAUAACAACAAUAUUACAUUAGAGGAAGCAAAAGCACUGGCUAUAAAAGUGCUCUCUAAGACAUUAGAUCUUAAUAAAUUAUCAGGAGACAAAGUGGAAAUGGUUACUUUAACAAGAGAAAAUAAUAAAACCAUUACAAGAAUUCUUCCCACGAGUGAAGUUGAUGCUUUAAUUGCAGAACAUGAUCGUCUAGAAACACUUGCUGAACAAGCUAAGAAAGAGAAACAGAAAUUAUAAAAACAAUUAUAUUGUAUAGCUUGCAUUUUUUUAUAUAUUUUCUUGUUUAAUAAUAGUGUUCUGAAAUUCUAUGAAUUUUUCUUUAUACAGUUUCCAACCCAUAUAUUAAGUAUAAUGUCAUUGUCCUCUUAUACUAUUGAAGAGAAAGUAAAGAACAGAAAAAAGAAAAUGCUGAAUAAUAAUGUAAGAAUAAAUAGAUUUUCUAUAUGUAGCAUUGUAGUAUUAAUUCAUCAAUUUGAUAUUUUUUUCUUGAAUCAGUAGAUUAACUGAGUUAUAUUUUAACUAACUUCUAAAAAUCGUAUAUAUUCUUUUAUUCAAUAUUUCUUAUUUUUCAAACUUUGAAAAACUUUUCUACUUUGAAAUAUGUCAUUUAUAUGAUGUUAACAAAUAAAGACAUUAGUUUUAAAGUAUUAAAUAUACAAUUUAGUAAUAUAUUGAGUAUUGAGUAGCAGACUUGAAAUCAUUUUGAUACACAAAUGUAACGUUAUAGGUUUGGAUAUAAAAAAUGAAAUAUCUUUAUCAUAUUUGAUUAUUAAUAACACACAUUAUUUGCUUAAAGUUUUUUUACCAAGUUUCUCUUUUAUCCUCAAUUUUAAUUAUUUAAUUACUUUUCCAAAAACAAAUUUUUAAGCAAUUUAUAAUAUAAAACAAUUUUAUUAACUAUCAAAAUAGUAAUAUCAA